GUGGGUUUGGGAUUUCACUGACUGAGGCGGGGAGUUAUUUGCACCAAUGCACUUCAGCUUUACGGCCGAGUCCAUCAGCUGAACAACAGCCGCUUAUCCAGAAUUUUGGAGCUGUGGUAUCAAGAUGGAUGGUGACAAUGAAGCCAAAGGGAAGGUGAGCGACCAGGCAAUGCAGAACCCACAGGUAUUGGUUGCUCUUCAAGAAAAAGUCAACAGUGUCUCACAUAUUGCUUCAGUCAUGGAGAGCUUACCCAAGUCUGUGAAAAGAAGAGUCCAUGCCUUAAAGAACCUUCAGGUUAACAGCUUGCUCAUUGAAGCCAAGUUUUAUAAGGAGGUGCAUGAGCUGGAGAGGAAGUAUGCCGCUCUUUAUCAGCCGUUAUUUGACAAAAGAAAAGACAUUGUCUCUGGAAAAGUGGAACCCACUGAUGAGGAGUGCGAAUGGCAGAGAGAACAUGAGGAUGAAGAAGCAUUAGCAGAAGAUUUAAAGAAGAAAGCUGCUAUAGAGGAAAAGACAAAGGAUGCUAAUGAGGAGACACCCAAGGCAGUUCCAGAGUUCUGGCUCACCAUAUUCAGAAGUGUGGACAUGUUGAGUGAUAUGCUGCAGGAACAUGAUGAGCCAAUACUUAAACAUCUACAAGAUAUUAAAGUGAUAUUUUCUGGUCCCGAUCAGCCCAUGAGUUUCACAUUAGAGUUUCAUUUUGAACCCAAUGAAUACUUCACCAAAACAGUCCUCACAAAAGUAUACAAGAUGAAGUCAGAGCCAGAUGCAGAGGAUCCAUUUUCAUUUGAGGGACCUGAAAUCAUUGACUGUGAAGGGUGUGAAAUUGAUUGGCACAAAGGCAAAGAUGUGACUGUCAAAACGAUCAAGAAGAAGCAGAAGCACAAAGGCAGGGGGGUGGCGAGGGUAGUCACCAAACAAGUGCCCAAUGACUCCUUUUUCAACUUUUUCAACCCUAUUAAAGUUUCACCAGAUAAAGAGCUGGAUGAGGAUUCGGAGUACACCUUAGCCACAGAUUUUGAAAUUGGUCAUUUCUUCAGGGAACGAAUCGUACCAAGAGCAGUUUUGUAUUUCACAGGAGAAGCUCUGGAAGAUGAUGAGAGUUUUGAGGAGGAGGAACUGGAUGAAGGUGAAGAGGAGGACCAAGAUGAGGACGAUGAGGAGGAGGGAGAGUUAGAUUCAAAGUUACAGGCAUAAGUCAUUCUCAUCUCAUACAUUUCUAGAGUGUGGAUCCUCAGCCUCCAGAAUGCAAACAACAGUAGUUGGACGGCUCACUCCUGACGCUGUUAAUCCCCAUCAGCUCUCUAGUGCUGCGUGUAGUCUCUGCUGAUUACACCAUCCUCACAAAACAACCACAAUGAUGCAGUACAUUGGAAAGAAAACAAGUUUUUUUUUUUCUUCAAAUAUUUCUUAUUUCAAAACUCAACUGAUAUAGUACAACAGCACUAUAAAUAUAUUGGGCAAUUCCAUGCAGCCUGCCUCAGAAUGUAGAUAUAUAAAAGUAAAACAAAACUACUUUUGAAUUCAUGAUUUAGGCUUUGAUUUUGGAAUGCAGACAUAUUUUGACAUGCCAUUGCACCAUUUCUCUAGAGAAUGCAAAGCCCAAAACGUUCUCACAGGUUUAAAAUAAUUUUGCUUAUUUGUUUUAAUUACAAACAUUAUCUCUUUAAUACAAUUUUGAGGAGGUGCAUUUUAAGCCUGAAUUGAAAUAAAUGGAAUUGUAUUUGUCAAGUUUGUUCCUGUUUAACAAAAGGUUUAUUUUCCGUGUCGUGGGCAUAACCGUUAUUUUACACAGCAUAUCUGUUUAUGUACAUUUUGAACAAAGCAGCAUGUUUAUGCAUUAUUUAUUAAGAGAAGUGUGUGGACAAUUACUAGCUAGUUUACCAACCAAUGCAUCAAUGAAACCUUGCGGUCAAGUAUGUAGGUAAUCCCUACUUGAGUAAUUUGUAUUUAAUCAUAUCAGGCCUCUUUACAAUGUGGAUGACAUUUUACUGCAUUUGUCUAACGUUUCCAUCUUUGACUUGCCUCUUGAACAUCACAAUUAAAAACAAACUCCACAUUUAAAAAUUCUAUAUGCUUAAGCAAUGUCAACUCAUAUUUGUUUAUACUGUUUGUAUUUAAAUAUAAGUUUCUUCCAUAUUGCUGGAAUUGCUCAAUUUAGAAAUUAACAAUAACAAAUGGCAGCAGUCUACUGCCAUUGGUCACUGAAUUCUGAGACCACUGCAGAUGAUUAUACUUCCUGGAGGUCACAUAUUUUUAUGUGAUCACAUCCCCAAGGCUGUUUUUUGAAAUACAAUGUCACAUCCCAAAGUUAUCUCUUUAUUUUGUGACUGGAUCUAAUAGGUUACUCAGGGUUUUUUAUGCCAAGAUGACAAUGUACGAGUGUCCAGCGUUGUGAAAGCUGUUGAUAUUAAAUCUAACCUGCAAAAUGUUCUCUCUUGUCUUGUAAAAAAAGUUGUUUUUGUAUCUAGUUUUACGUAGUUGUUUAAAUUAAUUUCUUCUUUUCCAUUAUUAUUGUUUUGAACACAGUGUAUUGGUCUUGUGCUUCUUGGUGGAUCCCUGAGAGAAUAUAUUUAGCAGAUGUAUGUACUGUACUGUACCCAGUUGAUUAUAGCCCCUUGUAGCAUUUUGAAAGUGCUUUUGCUGUACUGCCCAAGCACUUACUAAAAAAUUAAACAUGUUUAUU